UCUAAACAUUAUUCAAGUGCAAAUCAUCUGUAAUUUCAGACCAACCAUGAGAAGUUUAUUAUCAUUCUUCAUUCUGUGUUUCGUCUCAUUCAUCAAUGAAAUAUCCUGUGACUGGAUUGAAAUGUAUGACGAUGGACCUGUUACAUUUGAUGCUCCAAUCACUUUUACUUUUAAAUAUAAAUAUGGAACAGAUGUUCCAGCGUUGGAAUAUCGGUUCAAAUUUGACCAGUUUCCUCAACAUGAUAAAACCAUUGUUUCAACUGAACGUGAAGUUGUAUAUCCAGUGAUAUUUGAAUCAUCUUCAACAUUGAAAGCUGGUAACUAUACAGUGCAAGUUGAUGUAUGGGAAUGUCCUUUCGGUGUCCCUUCGCAUUCGAUAAAAACUGUUCUUCAUACUUUUAAGCUGACAGAUUCACUCAUUGGAUCUAUACAUAAAAACCAAGACAUUUAUCAUGAAAGCCCAAUAUUCACUUUACAACAUUCUGAGAACAAUAUCGCGUUCACUGUAAUGCCGGUUAAACUGACUGCUGAAAUUCGUGAUCCUAAAGGGUAUUUCUCUGGAAAAUUUGGAAACUCACCAGCCAAUAUGACAUAUAGAUGGAUUAUUAAUGAUGAACCACAAGAGGAAAAUAAUAAUGUUAUUCAACAUACUUUUUAUAAGCCUCAGCUAAACAACAUUUCAGUGAUUGUUACAGCAACUAAAACCAAUGGAAGUGAUCUUAUACAAAAAUCUGGUACAUUCAGCACUACAUUGAUAAGCAAAGAUCCAAUUACUAAUUUGACUGUUGAUGGUCCAACCGAGGUUAAAGUGUUUGAAAGACUUCACCUGGACUUUAAAAUUCAUAGAGGAACACCUCCAUUUCAAUAUGACUAUUCUUUUUUUAUGGAAAAACCUUACAUCUAUGAAAGCGUUGCUCGAGGAACAAAUGAAACCUCUUUCUCAAUUGUUCAUUAUUUCAGCGAAAAGGGAAUAAGAAAUUUUCACAUUAAUGUUAAAAAUGAUGUAAAUAAUUUCGGCAAAAGUCUAAUUAUUACAGUCUAUUAA